AUGCAACAUUUAUUAACGUUAAGAGAAAAAGAAAAUACCAUGGCUAUGGCCAUUGUUAUACAAACAAAAAACAAAAGGAAUAUUACUCAAAUUAAAAAGGCUUUUAAGAAGUUAUCAAAUUAUAAUGUGAGCAAAAAUGAUACAGGUUCUUUAUCAGUUUCUCAAUCACCAG